GGGCGGAUGCCGGGAGGGACCGGACCGGGUCUGGCAGGGAGGGCGGCGGCGGAGGCGGGCAGGAUGGGUCCUCGCCGCCGGCUUUGCUGAGACUCGCUCGCGUGGGCUGCCCGCGGCGGGCCCGCAGUGGCCGCGGCGGCAUGAAGGGCGCUCUGGGGAGUCCCGUGGCCGCGGCCGCCGCCGGCUCCGCGAUGCAGGAGAGUUUCGGCUGCGUCGUGGCCAACCGAUUCCACCAGCUGCUGGACGACGAGUCGGACCCGUUCGACAUCCUGCGCGAGGCCGAGCGCCGGCGCCAGCAGCAGCUGCAGCGCAAGAGGCGCGACGAGGCGGCGGCGGCGGCGGCGGCCGGCAGCCGCGGCGGCAGGAGCCCGGCCGGGGCCUCGGGCUACAGACCCGGCGCGGGCGGCUGCCGGAGGGAGUCCCAGAAGGAGCGCAAGAGCCUCCCGGCUCCCGGCGCGCAGCAGCCGGACAGCCCCGGGGGCGGCCCGCAGCCGCCCGGCCAGAAGCGAACUCCCAGAAGAGGGGAGCAGCAAGGAUGGAAUGAUAACCGGGGCACAGAGGUGACACUUGAUAGAGCCGAGCGGAGAUCCUACAGGGAAUAUCGACCCUAUGAGACUGAGAGGCAGGCGGACUUUACAGCUGAGAAGUUCACAGAUGAAAAGCCGGUUGAUAGGUUUGAUCGAGACAGGCCACUGAGAGGACGUGGAGGCCCGAGAGGGGGGAUGCGAAGCAGAGGCAGAGGUGGUCCCGGGAACAGAGCUUUUGACACUUUUGACCACAGAGGGAAACGAGACUUUGAAAGAUAUGGUGGGAGUGAUAAAAUAGCAAUCAGAGCUGAAGACAGCAUGGGUGGAGGUGGAGUUCGCACCUGGGGAUCAGGUAAAGAUACCAGUGACAUGGAGCAGACUGCACCCAUGGAGGAGUCCACAGCGAUGGAGGAGUCACUGGGCACCCUGGAAGAGGAAUCUUCAGCCAAAGUUCCUGAGUUGGAGGUAGAAGAAGAAAAUCAAGUUCAAGAGAUGACCUUAGAUGAGUGGAAAAAUCUUCAAGAACAGACCAGACCAAAGCCUGAGUUUAACAUCCGGAAACCAGAAUCUGCUGUUCCUUCCAAAGCAGUGGUGAUUCACAAGUCAAAAUACAGAGAUGAUAUGGUAAAGGAUGACUAUGAAGAUGAUUCCCAUGUCUUCCGGAAAGCCACCAAUGAUAUCACAUCCCAGUUGGAGAUUAAUUUUGGUAACCUCCCUCGUCCCGGGCGUGGAGCCAGAGGUGGCACCCGGGGAGGCCGGGGAAGGAUCAGGAGGGCAGAGAACUAUGGACCCAGAGCAGAAGUGGUGAUACAAGACGUUGCUCCCAACCCAGAUGACCCUGACGACUUUCCUGCUCUGGCCUGAGCGAGCCGAGCCCCGUUUCCCUGGCGACCGAGCAGGGUUAGCGUACCUAUGAAGAGACUUUUCUUGCUGUGGGAAGAGAGUCAGACUCUAAGAACAAUAGAUGUUGCUUUUCCCGUGUCGUGUGAAUUUGUUGCACUUUUUUGGUGUGAGGGGAGUGGGCUAGAGGGGCUUCUCCCGAGGCUCGAGCAGGCACCUCCUGCCAGGGGGCCAGGCCAGCCCUUCCCCAGGACGGUGCAGAAUGGUGGCUGUUUUCUUAUUUGAGGAACUCAUAUGAAGUUCAGGAAUAAUGUUUAAAAUGUGUGUAUAGAGAUUGUGUGGAAUCCUCCACACAAGCAUGGAGAGUGAAGUAACUUAUAAAAUAGACUCUAUUGAGAUCACGUAGCAGGUUGUACAGAUGUCCGAAGGUUGUGUCCUUUAGCAUUAGAGGAAAUACACAGAACUCGAGCUGUUCCUUUAGAGUAGUCACAGUCUAGUUCUCAGAGAUCAAGAACUUAAAAUAUAAUUGUAUUUACCGCUUACUUGUAAAUGUUAUAUACUCUCCUAGACUAUUUUGAGUUCUGGUUUUCAUUUAACCAAUAAUUUUAAGCAGCUGUUGUGCAGCCACAGGUCACCACUCUGUGACAAAGAAUCAGAGAAAGUGUUGUUUCUAAUGGUGAUUUAAACUACCUCGAGGUUUCUGUGUGUACAUACACACACACAUAUACUUAGUGUUUGGGUGGUUUUUAGGAUGAGUGUUAAGUAUAUGAUUUUGAAAAUCAUGUUUAACUCUCUAAAUGAAAAGGGGUCCUGGCAAGACACCACCAUAUCCUUUUCUCCCUCAAAACUACUAUCAGAAUUUAGUUGCUGUGUGCUGAGGCCCUCUCUCUGCCCUUGUCCUGGCUGAGAGUUGUAAAUAGCAAAUAUUUAUGGAACAUCUAUGUUUUUCUCACUUGGUCCUUGCCCCAGUUCUAGAGCUCCUCCCUGUGGCCUGGGUGAAAGCUUGGGGUUUGGGGCUACCUCAGAGGUUCAGAAACUCGACAGAGUCCCACCGUAAGGGUGUGCCAAGCACAUCCACCCACGGGGCCUACCAGGCGCCUGAGAGGAACCGGGCGGGGAGGGCAUGGGGGCAGAGGCAGCUGUAAACCGCUGCUGGAAGCUGGAGUGAUGCUGUCCCCACUUUCCUGAAGAAACCGUGGGUGAUAUUUGCCUGUUGUCACCCAGUUCAUAUGCUUGUCAUAGAAUUUGGACCUUGGUCUCAGGAUCUGUGCUUUUCCCCACUUUGCUACACUGUCUCUGAACUGGAACCCAAGUGUAAAUAAAGGUUGGUUUUCCCUCCUAA